AUGGCGACGCUUGUAGAAGAUAGUGCGUCCCUCGUUGAUAAACACCGACUUGAAGGAAUUUUAAAAGCAUUACACGAUCAAAGGACGGCAUCUCGAUUUUGUGAUGUAUUGCUCCGUGUUUGUGGGGAAGAAAUAUUUGCCCAUUCUAACGUUUUGGCCGCAGCAAGUCCAUAUUUUGGAUCUUUUCUGGGACAGGGACAAGACCUGCCGCGUGCAUUUUCUCAAAAAACUCCUCAGGUCAUUGAAAUUCACAUAGAUGGCAGUGAUGGAGACAGUGGAUAUGGAGAAGCUGUUAGAAAAGUGGUUGACUUUAUGUACACAAGCAACAUCUGUCUUAACCUUCGGAUCCUUACUCAAGUCCUCGAGAUAUCGAAGAUAAUGCAAAUGGAACACCUGACAAACUUUUGUGAACAUUUCCAAAGUGGAUUUAGGGGGCACAAGGUAAUUCCUGCCAAUGAUACAAGUUUUAAGUAUUCUAAAGUGGAUGUUGGAACCUCUACUAUUGCAAACAAUGCUAAUGAUAUCAAGACUGAAAUUAGAGAUGCAAUAGUAUUGCAACCAGCAGCCACUGCAAGGUCAAAUGAAAUCAAAGUUGAACGUAGCAUAAAACAGGCAAAGAAACGGGGAAGAGGUAGACCUCGAAAAAGUAAAAAAGAAGAGGAGUCUGAUGAUGACUUUUCUGCCUUCAUUAGUCUCAUGGCUGAUGAAGAGGAUGCAGAAAAAGAGAGAGAAAGUCAAAAUGACACAGAUCAAAACAAUGAAGAAACCGCUGAAGGUGUGGAAGAAGAUAUAGAUGAGAAUGAAAACAAUCAGAGUACAAUGAGGAGAACCCGUGGAAAGAGGCCAAUCACCUCAUACCUCACAUCUACCAGGACUAGUGCUCGUCUGAGAAAUAGUAGAGGUCCUCGAUUCAGAUCUGAUUUCAUCAUGCAUCCACUGAAAAGGGCACGGAGAAGUGCAAAUAAGGUAAUCAAGAUUGAAAAAGAAUCAAGGAACUGUGAAAACAAAGGUGCUGAAGAAAAUGAAGACAAUGAGGAAAAGAAAGAAGAUGAUGCUAAUUUCAUGUCAAAAGGGAGAAAUUAUACAUGUGACAAAUGUGAUUUUAAAGCCAAACGUGUAAAAGUCCUGGCUGAACACAAGAAGAAACAUCUUCAUGCUGAGAACAUCUGUAGUUUUUGUGACUACAAGGCAGAAUCAGAAGAAGAUUUUAAAGCGCAUUUAGUUAAACAUGACGGUCCAACACCAUAUUUUUGCAAGUUCUGUGAUAUCAAAUUUAAAAGUAGAACCCAGUUAAAUACACACUUACCAAAACACAGAGAGGAUAAACCGUUUGUUUGCAGUUUGUGUGCAGCAGGGUUCAAAUGGAAACAUGCCUUAAAAAACCACAUGAUCACUCACAGUGUUACAAAGGAUCACUUAUGUGAUAUUUGUGGGUUUGCAACAGCACAUAAAAGUCAACUGAAAGCUCACAGAUUGAUCCAUACAGGAGAGACGUUUAAAUGUGACUUUGAAGGAUGUGGCUUUGAAGCAACAAAACGACAGAAUUUGAAAUACCACAUGCUUACUCACACUCAUGAAAAGCCCCACCAGUGUGAGAUAUGUGGUCACAGCUUUUCUCUUAUAAAGAACAUGAAGAGGCAUAUGCUGUUACAUUCAGAUGACCGACCACACAGCUGUGAACAGUGCAACUUCUCAACAACACGGUAUGAUAAACUCAAGGAACAUAUGUUAAAGCAGCACAGUCUUGGUGAGCCUCCUACCAAGAAACACAGGAUAUCCGACUACCACGAAGAGGAGAAUGCGGUUGUUGCAGGUGCUGAUAUAAUGACUCAGGCAACACUUCAAACAGUGGCUAACAUAGCUGCAGUGUGUGCUGAUGAGAAUCAAGGAGAGACACAAAUAUUCUCUACUGUCGACGGAGUGCCCAUUGUAGCACGGGUCCAGUAUGCAGAGAUCAACAGCCAAGGGGUUAUACAAUAUGUAGCACAAGUGGAGUAGCCUUAUCCAUACAACAGUGAUUAGAGCGAUGUACAAAGCAUGCAGAAAGUGCUGCAGUGAAACUACACUGUUAUUAAUGAUUAUUAGAUUUUUGAUUUUCUGAUUCUUGUCUUUCUAGAGUGUCAAAAGUCCACUUACCUUGCUCACUGCCUUUUGAAUCAUUGAGUGACAAUUUUGAUAAGUCUAGGUUUUUAGAAAAUGCAUUUGCAGUAAAUCAUUGUUGUUACAAAACAAGUCUCUAUGUCCAGGGACAUUGGCUAAUCAUAUCCAGGUUUGUCAUUUUGGACUCCAGCGCACAUACAUGUGCAUGUAAAAACAAACAAAUGUACACAACGGCAAUAGUAUAAUUAAUAACAAUACUAAACGUCCAUUUUUGCAUAAAUGAGGCCAGACCAAUUUAAUUUUUGUGCUUUGAUCGCUUUUUUCUGUCAAUAUGCCAAGAGGCACAAGGCAAAUUAAGAACACAGAAAACAAUUUCAGAGUUGAGCAUGUUGAUUUUUAGCUACAUUUCUAAAAACAUGAAGAAAUAAAACAGCAAAAGAACAAACCAAAAGAUGUUAACAAAGCACAUUUUUAAUCAUACAACAUUUUGGUUUAUUUACUCUUGCAAACUAUGGAGUAUGCCCCCCUGUUACACCGGGAAAUAAGUGUGUCUGGCCUUAGUGAAUAUUUACAUUUACCCCACUGUCCGUAUGAAGCGCCUCCUGACCAACUCCUAGAUCAAUCUGUAGGAAAUCUUAAUAAGUACCUGGAACUAAAUCCGUAAAUUGACAUAUCUAUAUUUACUUGUGCAUAUUACAGAUCAUUUACAGUAGCCAGGGCAUGUAACCAUAGUAACUGACUGCCCAGUAACAAACAUUUUAUUUUCAUGUACAAUUGUACUAAGUCUGUUUAGGAGCUCUUUAGGAUUCUUUUGGAAGCUGACUAGCGUCAAGGAAUGACUUCAUUAGAUGACAAGUUAAGCACAUGUAUUACUUGUGUACUUAGUAAAUAAUAUGAAAAGAAAUCUGGCAAUGAUGGCUCAUGCUGUUCUUGCUGGAUCAGAUUGGGUAACCAGUCAUUUCAGUAACUGCCUGCCCUUCCCUGAAUAUGCUGAGGUAAAAUUAUGACAUGGCAUUGUAAAAACUCCUUGUAUCUGUUAAUGACAGCUUCCAUAUUUUAAUGUAUUCCUAGAUACUGUUUUAAUUGUUUAGAGUACAUAUAUAUAUAUGCUUGACUAUGUGCUGUAGUUACGGUGGCUAUUCAGUAAGUAAAUUUUCAUUAUGUGCUUCCAACAUGUCCAAUUACAGUGUUUAAAUGUGUUAGCGAUGUAGUGUAAUUACCACUUAUCCUCAUGGGGCCCUCAUCCUAUGCCAUAUCUAUAUGCAGAGGUCAUAAUCACAUGACACAAUGUGAAUUUUCAACUUUUCGGCAGCAGGAAAAUAUUCAGCCAGAUUGUUUUGUCACUCUCCUACCCAGAGUUCCAUGCCGCACAGCAUAGUACCUCUGCCACCAGGCCAGCACCAUGUGACAAUUUGUCACAUCUGACACAGUUCAUUCAAGAUAUUGCAUAUUUAAUGUUUCAUUUUGACAAUAUAUAAACAAUUAAACAUGUAUGUGAUGGUUAACUUUCAUAGAGAAAAUACCUUAAAACGUGAAAAACUAUUUCCAUUUUGCGUACUUAUCCUUUGUAUACAUUGGUUGUACGGCUACACAUGCUGUCAUCCAAGCCCUAUGGAGAGCUAGUGAUACAGUCACUUUGAUGUAUAAAGAUAUAUUGUCAUGCACCUCACUGUUGCAGUUGUAGUAGCAUAUCUAUAUAAUUAUGCUAAACAAUAUGAAAUACGCUCUGAAAGUCUUGCCUUAGGCCAGUCUGUACUGAUUUCAGAAUAAGAGCAUUUGUUUACAAACAAGAGAAUAGUGCAGUCACAUGAUAAGCAAAUGAGCCUGUUUCAGUGCUGUUAUGCUAAAUCACCGCUGCACCAGGGGUGAUUGUUUGCAGUAAGCACGUCAACCUGGACCACCAAAAUGAUUUUUGACUAUUUGUAAGGAACUGUAAAUCGGACACUGUUUUCAAGGAUAGUUAUGAUUGUGCUCAGCUCUGAAAUAUGUUUACUAGAUGGUGGAGCCUUCUCAGCGAUAUCAGAAUAUAGUUUUUAAAAAUAAGUCUAUGCUCCUUUCUAAGUAUUAUCAUUAAAGUUCUGGUAAACAUCCCUGAUAUUCAAUCAAAAUUGCUAGAGAGUUUUAUUGUCAUGAUUAUGUCAGUAUUCCUGUGUUCAGUCAUAUACAAUAGGUAUGCAUAUUAAUUUUGAAUAUAGUCAGUUUCAUCUGAUUGAAAGCAUUCAUGAAAGCAGAGAGACCUCUCAUGGCCGUAUAGUUCCUGCUUGUCAAAUGUUUCCUGCAAGGCACAUAUUGAUGCUGAUGUGCUUUUGUUUGCCAUUUACCAAUAUGUAUAUUGAAAAGUUGGCAAAUUUCCCACAGUUUAUGUACAGCUUUUUGUGUAUUUGGUAAUAACACUCUGUGUGUGUGUGUGUGUGUGUGUGGGUGUGGGUGUGGGUGUGGGAAAGUGUGUGUGUGUGGGCAGGGGUAUGGAUGGGGACAAGUAGGUCUCAGUAUUGUAUGUAUUAUUCCAAGAUGGGAUUAUUGUAAAGUGUGACCAGAUACAUCAUCGUUCAUUUCAUGUUCAGUUAGAUUUCAUUCUAUUGAAUUGUACAGGACUUCUGUAUUAUUUGUUUUGCCAUGUAUUUGUCAGAAGUAAAUUGACUAUGAACUUGUUAUUUGAAGGACAUUCUUUGAAAUGAAUAAACUCUCAGUGUUUCUCUCAGCCAAGAAGCCAUAUAUGACCAGGAGAAUAUAUUAUUGGUAGAUGCGUAUUGUUGUGCAAGAACAAAAUAUCUUUCGUGUUGUCAUCGUAUUUAAUUUAUUUCAUUCAAGGAAUACAUAACAUUUAUGUUAUAAAUAAAUGGGAAUGGUAAAUAUUGCUGUCGCUGGCACAGCAAGUGUUGGAUCAAUGGAAUAGUGUUGACACUACAGACACUUUCAUGGUUGAGUGAAACACUGAAUCUACAUGA